UUCUGUUUCAGCUUUCAGGUACUCAUUCAUAUCACGUGAUUUGUGGGAAGUGAAACCAAAAAUAAUAUGUUGUAAAACAAGGCGGAGCCUCAAUUUUUUCAGCCUUUAGAUCUUAAGUAAAAGAACCUGCAAGUAAAACGACCUGCAAACAGCGCUGGAAAGAAUACAGCAGAGGGGACACAGGGAAAGCGAGUUAUCGAUUCAAAAUUUGAAAACUCAAAUUUUUAAAUAAUAAUUUUAAAAAAAAUGUACGAGUUAGAAAAGGCGAAUUUAAAACGUUGUGGCACUUACAUUGUCAAUAUCUUGCGCCCUUCUUACAUCAAAGGAUUCAUGACAACCUACCUGCCUCCAGUGAUUGUGCAGGAAAUUCUUUCUCAAGAAUUACGCUCUGUAACCCUUGCUGCUGAAUUGUUCCUACAACACAUUCUGACUCUAGAUGAGAGUGGAUGGUUUCAGGAAUUUUUGGAUGUACUGGAAUCGCAAGGUUACACUGGACUUAAUGAAGCAAUCAAGAAAUGGAACUUCGAACAAAUUGAAAAACUGGAACCCUUCAAAAAGUUUUUGGAGUUAGUUGAGCCAUCUUUCAUUAAGAAUGUAAAGGCAGUGGAAAUUAUAACAUAUAUGAGAGAGUGUCUGUUUGACCAGGACUGUGAAGAGAUUCAAAGGCUUUCAAAUAUUGCUGGAGCCCAAAAACUGGUUGAAUGUUUAAAGAGGACAGACAAAGUAAACAGUUUCAAGCUAUUGAAAUUGGCAUUGGGGGAAUGCAAUUGUAAUAUUGUACUGGAUUUACUGGACACAGAAGACACAGGGGAUAAAAUAAAAGUGAAAAGCCAUGUGGGGAAUGACACUGAAUCUUCAUUCCGGAUUGAAAUCAGAGAAGAGGCAGAAGAGAACAAUUUAAGUGAAAACCAUUGUAAAGCUUCAGGAAAACAUGAUGAAGAACAUACUGCUGUAUGUGCUGGCAAAAAACUGAGAAAAUAUCAAGAAGAACUGGCUGGUCCAGCUUCCAGAGGAGAGAACACUAUCAUCUGUGCUCCAACAGGCUGUGGGAAAACAAUUGUGGCCCUUGCUAUCUGUGACCGUCAUCUCAAGAAUACAAAAGAAGGGCAGAAAAGCAAGAUUGCUUUCAUGGCCACGCGGGUGGAGGUUUAUGAACAGCAGUAUUCCCUGUUCCAAAAACAUUUUGCAGAUGAAGAUGUAAGAGUUACAGGUCUCUGUGGAGAGUCAGCAGAUGGAGUUCCUGUGGGAAUGUAUAUAGAAAACAACGACAUAAUUGUGCUGACACCUCAGAUUCUUGUGAACGCCCUCAAUUGUGGAACUGUACCUUCACUUUCCAUGUUUAGUUUGCUGAUAUUUGAUGAAUGCCACAACACAACCGGAAAACAUCCCUACAAUGUUCUAAUGACAAUGUACCUGGACAGCAAACUCGGUAACAAGAAUGAGCUUCUGCCUCAGAUUGUUGGGUUAACUGCUUCAGUUGGAGUUGGCAGUUUCAAGAAUGAAAGAGAUGCAGAGAAUAACAUUUGCCAGCUUUGUGCUUUCAUGGACGUGAGGAUCAUUUCAACUGUUAUUGAAAACAGGGAGGAACUGAAUUCUCACAUCCACGUUCCUGAAAAACAAUUCUUCUUUGUUGAAAAGCGCUCAGGAGAUCCAUUUACUAUGAUCAUUUAUGGAAUAAUGAGUAAGAUUGAAGAGCUGGCAAAAGAAGUCUACAAUAUAGAUUCUCUAUCAAACAUUAAAAAUAGGGAUUAUGGAUCACAGAAAUAUGAACAGUGGAUAGUAGAUGUGCAAAAAAAAUGCAGAACACUGCAACUGGAGGAUAAGCAGAAGGAAAGUCAGAUAUGCAGAGAGCUUUUCAAUUACACUGAACAUUUAAGGAAAUAUAAUGAUGCACUCAUUAUUAAUGAAGAUGCACGAACCAAAGAUGCACUGGAUUAUUUGGACACAUUUUUUGCAGACGUUAGAAAUGCCGGAUUUGAUAAAACAGAGCAGCUGCUCACACAGAUUUUUGAAGAUAAUUACCAGCAGUUGCAGCGAUUGUCAAAAGAGGAAUCCCGUGAGAAUCCCAAGCUCAAGGAGUUGAAGUACAUCCUGGAUGAGGAAUACAGGAACAAUGAACAGACCAGGACCGUGCUCUUUGUCCGGACCAGAGCCCUGGCUGAGGCCUUGAAAAACUGGGUUGAAGACAACCCUUCUCUUGCACACUUAAAGCCAGGCGUGUUGAUUGGUCGUGGGAACAGGUCUCAGCAAACAGGAAUGACACUGCCAUCUAAGAAAGGGCUGUUGGAGUCAUUUAAAAAAAAUAAUCAAAGUAAAAUAUUAAUCGCAACAUCAGUUGCUGAUGAAGGGAUUGACAUUCCUCAAUGUAACCUUGUGCUGCUGUAUGAGUAUGUUGGCAAUGUGGUUAAGAUGAUCCAAGUAAGAGGUCGUGGAAGAGCUCAGGGCAGCAAGUGCAUCCUUGUUUCCAGCAAGAAAGAGCAAAUUGAGAAAGAAAAGUUAAAUAUGAUUCGUGAAAAAAUUGUCGACCAAGCUGUCAUUAACUUACAGCAGCCCGGAAACACUAUGCUUUCCAAGAUUGACGUUUUACAAAGGGAAGAUAAGAAUGUGAGGGAUUAUAAUAGAUUAACUCUGCAAACGGUCAGAUCAGAUGACUGCUUUCAGCUUCUUUGCUCAAAAUGCAAGAGCCCUGCUUGUUUCACGGACAGCAUAAGAGUUUUACAGGGUUCACACCAUGUUGUCUUGGAUAAUGCAUUUUCGGAGUGUUACAUUACAAAGCCCCACGGAAGACCCAGAAGUUAUGGUGGGUUUCAGAAAAAGCUUAAGAUGUUUUGCAAAAAAUGUGAGCACGACUGGGGAAUAAUAGCCUCCUACAUGACCAUCGAAUACCUGCCAGUCGUCAAAAUAGAAAGCUUCGUGGCUGAGAACUGUGUGACCAAGGACCAGCAAUACUUCAGGAAAUGGAGAGAUGUGACCUUUGCCAUGAAACAGUUUGAUAUAGCAGAAAUGCAUGCUAGACUUCACACUGCAGGAAUAAACAACCUCCCAAAGUAAUUUGAAUCCAGAAAUCAAGAGCCAUGGCUUUUAAUACAAGGAAUGAAAUAAUCAUAAUGCUGUUUUUUA